ACAACGUAGAAUUGGAGAAAAUAAUACACCUGCACCAUCUACUGGAGAAGUUGAACAUGAAUUAGGCCAAACAUUGCCAGCAUCUCCAUCUCCACCCCAUUAUGCAAUAAACACUAAUACAAACAAUCCUAGUGUGGAAAAUCCUGAACAAAAUAUUGAUCAUGCUGGCUCUACCAAAACAUCAUCUCUUCAACCACCACCACCACCUUAUAAGUUCACAGAUGAAGCACGAAAUAAUUCUUCAGAAAUGAAUCAGAGCCAAGUUGUUUCUAACCGCGAAGAUUUUAGUGUUGAGUAUUUGGAGAAUAAUUGUAACAAAGUCAGAAAAGUACGCUUCGCUUCAUGGUUUGGUUAUACAAUUAACGCAAAUAGCAGGCGAUAUGGUUCUAUGAGUGACAUGUUUCAAAUAUAUAAGCUGGCUUGCGAGAAAGCUUUACAUCAUUCCGCCAAAUCUAGUAGCAUUCUACGAGAUGCUUAUGAAGGAUUUUUCAAGGUUCCUGAU